AUGACAUGGGUCCAAACUUUACAGACUUUGAGGGGGUUUGGAGAAACUGAUGUACCAAGCAUUAUCCGCCGUUUCAACUCAGAUGUGCCCAAAGAGCACCAACUGCUGGGGCAAAAAGCGCAAUCAGUGAAGAACCUUCUUGAUAUCUUCCCUGCUUGUGCUUUGGAACUUGUCCGGGAGCAUGUCCAGCAAUGUGGCUGGUCUAGCUGCUGCUUCUCUGAUGAUUGCCUCAGCUCGAAGAAGGUGUUGCCAGGGUGGAAAUGGCGGAAUGGGUGCCAAGGUCAUUGGCCAGAGUGGAGCAAGGCCACGGAUCAUUCAUGCUUGUUGAUGCUGAAACGUGCCAUUGCCCAGUUCACCAGCACCGAUGAGGACAAGCGGAAAAAGUUGUCCCGUGGUGAGUUGGAAAAGCUGGCUGAACAGGCAGCCUUUGCAGCUGGCAUUGCUUUGACUAUGCAAAGUGAGGUGGCCAUCAGUGAUGAGGAAGUCAACAAGGCGUGGUUGGCUCCAUUUGCCGAGGGAGAGCUCUCCGUCUUGUUGGAGGUCCAGAGUGCAUUGCAGUCCAGGGAUGAGAAGCUAGUGCCACGUGGGAUCAAGAGUCUUGCUGAUUUGAUGGAUGCCCAUGCUCUCGCAGCUGGAAAGAAGCUGCCUGGAAAGUCUGUGGCAAUGACAGACUUGGAGUCUGAUGGAUUCAAAUUGCUCAAGCAGCAGAUUGAGUAUGACUUGCAGUGUUUGCGCGUGGCAAGAACUCGCCGUGCUACCCAUGAAGGAGCUGUGCACCAUCAGCUCUUGACACAUCGCAAGCAUGCACAUGAGGUCAGUUCAACCGCUGCAGACGCUUUCUUCCAGACCAAUGUGAAGGUUCUAUGUUCCACCAAGGCUGCUGAGGUUGCGCAGGCUUUCCAGCAGUUUGAGAAGCAGUUUUGCAGCAGCUAUGCGCUGGACCAGGACAAUACAGCCUGUGUUUGCUUGGUCAAUUGGUCUGCAGCCUGCAGCCUGAAGAAUGCUGCGCAGCAAUGUGGAACUCAGGCGCUUGGAGUGCUUCUCAACCAGUCCAACCGCCGUGUGGGUCUUAUUCUUCUACCAGAAUUUACCUACAAACGUGGACAACUUUACCUACAGGAGGUGGCAACCUUGCAGCUGCUGUCAGGGGCAAGCCUGAACAUUGACCGCACGUUCUCUUUGUGCUUUGAGAGUAGGAAGGAUGCGAGGGAUUCCAGACCUUUGGUGUACAGAGGCCGUGUGGCAUGUGGCAUCAGCACGGAUGAGAAAGAGUGGAUUUGGAGGCAUGCAAGCGUUGUCAAGGAAGGCAGGACACAGCCAGCAGAGCAGCUGGCAUCUUCGAGCAUGGUGCGCAUAGAAGACCCUGAUCCAACAGCGCUGCCAACAACGACAGACUAUGAUGGAUUGGUGAGCGGGGCUCGGAAAUAUGAGCAAAUUGGCUUGUCUGCUUUCAGCAAAUUGCUGGACAGUUGCCUUGACAAUGUGACCUUGCAAGGCAAGACUGGUGUGAUCAUCUGUGACCUCAACCUUGGUGUGGGAGACUCAUUCAAUGCCUGGUUGCAAAAACGUGGUUCCUUGACUGUGCCCUCAGCCUUCUUUGGUCUGACAGAUGAGGGUGUGAACUAUGAAUGGUUUGUCCAGGCAAAGAAGGAGGAGGUCACCCGGCAACACUUGGACGGGUCUUUGAUCAUUCCAGGCUGCCAACGUGUGCCUUUGGAACUACCCAAAGAGCAUGUGAAUGAGCCUCCUCUUGCUCCAAAGCUCAAGGUGCUGGUUGCGAGUGGCCCAGAUGGCUUGUACCCAAAGUUUGGCGAUGCAAUGGUCAAGGAGUGGGGCUCGCACCCAACUUUUGGAAGUGAGUUCUGUGACCUCAUGAACGCAGUGGUCGAGGAGUUUGGCCCAGAGCCUGUGGCAGAGAAUGGCAAGAACAAGCGGAAGGUUGAGGAAGACACUUCUGCUCCAGGCUCCAAGAGGACCCGUGCUGUUCCACCAAAGGUAGAUGCCCUGAACACAGUGAAGCUUGAGGACAUGGGGACGGAUCCAGUGUUGCUUGAGAUCCACCUGACCAAUCUCAAGAGCCCGGGUGCCUUUGUGGAGGUCCGCCAUUCAGCUGAGAAAACCAUUUGGCUUGUGAACAAGGGCAACUCAGAGUUGAAGUUGGCCAAGGGCUUCAUCUUGGCUGGGUUCGGGAAGGGUUCCUACAAGCAAAAGGCACCAGAGGAACCUAGGGAACUUCUCUAUGAUUUGACUUCCUUGCCUGAAGUGAUGUUCAGCUCCGUGGUCAAGCCAAUUCAAGACGUUGUGAAUGCCAAGCGCAUCAAAUCUCCAAGCUGCAAGAUUUGCUACCAUGAUCUGGUUGAGAGCCCAACUGCCGACAAUCCUGGCAUGUGGAAGCUCCAGCGCAACUUGGACAUCACCUUUGUUCCAGAGCCUGUUGUGAAGAAGGAGGUGAAGACUGAAGACAGUGAGGUGGCAGCAAGCGCCAAGCAGGCUGAAUGUGCUGCCUUGUUUCCUGCAAGCAUGUGGCGCAAGAAGCACUGCGCAGUAGUUUGGUCAGUGAACUGGGCCACCACUGGUCUCAUGCCAGUGCGUCCACAGGUCGUGGUCACCCAAGCCAUUGCUGUCCCUGCCCACUCAGCUGUGAAGCUGUGA